AAUGAGACUUCCACUGGCUGUAAACUGUUUGGGUUUUACUUGGCUGGAGAAAUUCCUAGUCCCAACCAGCAGAGCUCCAGUAGGAGGAGUUGUACGAAGGUUCACAAGCAAGGAAAUUUAGUUGGAAGGGGUAUUGAUCUUUCAAGAAUGAAUAGCUAUGAUGAUCUGCUGAGUGAAUUAGUGCAGCUAUUUGCCAUGGAGGGCCUUCUACCCAAUCCUAAGAAAGGGUGGCAAAUUCUUUACACUGAUAGCGAAAAUGAUAUGAUGGUUGUUGGAGAUGAUCCUUGGCACGAGUUCUGUAAUAUUGUAUCAACGAUCCACAUAUAUACACACGAGGAAGUACAGAAGAUGAUGAUUGGGAUGGCCAGCGAUGAUACCCAUAGUUGUUUGGAAGAAGCUCCUGGAAUUUUGGACGUUUCAAAAUCUUCUUCCGAGGGACAGCCAGAUUCUCCGACGGUAAUUAGGAUAUGAAAAGUGCUUAUAUUGGGAAUUAUGUUUGGUAACAAGCAGAUACAUAGAAAUCUUCUAGUUCAGAAUUCAGGUCAGUUGUCCUAUCUGCCAUUAUUCUAAUUAUAAGUUUCACUUAUUUACUUAUCAGCUACAAAUAUCUGAACUCUUGAA